GUCAAGAUGAAGUUCACAAUUUUCUUUGCUGGACUUCUUGGUGUCCUCCUGGCUCCUGCCCUUGCUGAAUAUAAUGUCAACAGCGGCGAUAGCAACAACAGUGGUGGAAGUGGACAGCUGUCAGUGAGUGUCAACAAUGCACAGAACGUGGCCAAUGUUGACAACAAUGAUGGAUUGGACUCCUGGAAUAUGCUCUUGGAUUACAACACUGGCUUUGCUGCAGUCCGAGUUUUUCGCAAGAAGGCAUGCAUUGUGCACAGAAUGAACAAGGGUGUCAUGCCCUCUCUUCAAGCCCUUGAUGCAAUGGUCAAGGAAAAGAAGUUUCAGGGUGAAGGACCAGGUGGACCACCUCCCAAAGGCCUGACAUACUCCAUCAACUCCGACAAAGUCGACAACCUGGACAAGUUUGGAAAACCCAUCGUUGGCAUGUGCAAGGGGGUCCCAGCAUACAUGGCUGAAGAAAUUCAUGAUGCUUCAGAUACUACUAACCACAGCUCUGGGAAUGGUUCCAAGACCAUUGGACUGCUCUGA